GGUGCUGAAGAGGAAUUCUCUGCGUAUUAUUCACACAAAAACGGCGAUCACUGCAGCUAGUUACAUAUUCGUGCGCUAUUCGACCUCGUAUGAAUAGUAUUUCAGACGUGAUUUGGGAUACGGAUAUGCGCCGAUAUAAACUGAAGCGGCCGCACGCAGAGGAAAUCAAUAUGGAGAAAAGGACACAGGAUUCAACUUUAUAAGCUGGCAUGGAGACUACACUGCAGUGCUUAAUAAUGCAUCAACAUCAUCAGCUGGUGUAACCAUGAUUAAGUGAACUUGUGAGGUCCUUGAUAUGACAAACAGAUGAACAGGGAAUGAGUCUACAUCUACACCUGAUUACCCAAAGGGAAGCUUCAUAGAGUCGUCAGCUGUGAAAACCGAUGGAGCAGUUUGGCCAGUUAAGCAAUAGGCUGAAUAUUUCAGGACUGCAAUACAAGUGUUGAUGACAAUCUGUUGACAUUUGAGAAUGAGUCUACAUCUACACCUGAUUAUCUGAAGGGAAGCUUCAUAGAGAACUUUGUCAGCUUUGAUGAAAACCCAUGGAGCAGUUUGGCCAAGCAAUUGGUUGAAGAAUUCAGGACUGCAAUACAAGUGUUGAUGACAAUCUAUUGACAUUGAGAAUGAGUCUACAUCUACACCUGAUUAUUAAAAGGGAAACUUCAUAGAGUCGCUAGCUGUAAAAACCCAUGGAGUAGUUUGGCCAAGCAAUAGGCUGAAUAAUUCAGGACGGCAAUACAAGUGUUGAUGACAAUCUGUUGACAUUUGAUUGAGAAUGAGUCUACAUCUACACCUGAAGUGAACCUUGUGUCAAUUUUAGCCAACCAAACCCUACCAGCAAUUCACAAUGGCAAAGCAAAAGCAAAUCAACCUCCAGGUGCUUCUGCUCCUGACUGGGGUAUUCUUCACAGCUCUAUCAGCUGCAAAGGCCUGCUUUGUUCCAUAUGUCUCUAUCUACCUGAGACAGUUAGGUCUGUCAGCCAUGCAAGUAGGAGUCAUAUUGGGUUGUCAAGGUUUGCUCGUAGCCUGUACAGCAUCCUGCAUCGGGAGGUUCCUGAUAAGAUUCCGGUAUGCCAGGUUGUUCUUGCUUCUUGCUAUCGUCCUCUACCUAGGAGGAGUGUUGGGUUUCACCCUCAUCCCAACUUCUAGCACGGCUCUGUUUCAAGUAUACUGCGUUGGUUUUAGCAACAACACAAACAACACGGCAUCAUCUGGUGUCUCGAAUGCCGUAGUUUUGCUUCAACAAAAUGACAGUCAUCGAGAAGUUGUAUCGACUGUAGCAACCAAAGUACCCUCUCCCAUGUCUCCAGAGAACCCAGUGACAACUGCAAAGGUGAAGAAUUUGCCUGAAGUACAGGAUAUUAGCUUGAAAACCACCACGCAUCUUGCUCCAGUAAUUGAGAAUCUCCCUGGCACAGUUGCAACGGUCGAGAAGAUUCAAGACACUUUGACAGAAUCAAAGGACAGUCUGGUACAGACAGUAAAUACAAUGGAUGAGGUACAUGUAGACCCUGAAAGUGUUGCUGAACCUCAAUAUGAAAAUAUGCAGAGCCAUAAAGCAGAGGAAUUUGAUACCCAGGACUUUGAUAGCCAGGCAUCAUCCCCUACUGCUGGUAGCUUUCCGAGAAGUCGUCACCGACCAGGUAACAACAACAGACAAUACCCCAAAAUGGAAGGUGAUCCUUACGUACCACGAAAACGGUAUCGGGGUCAGCAGUUGCAUAAUGACCAGAACCCUGGAAGGUACAUGGGUGAGUCGCUGGAUCCUCUUCCAGAUUGGAAUUGGCAAACUGAAUCUCAGACGGACUUUGAUACGGAGAGGUACCCUGCAUGGGACCGGGAUCAGGAUCACCAAGGGUUGCAAGACAACAAAGAUGAUCAUGAUGGAUAUAAUGAGGAUGUCCUGGACUGGCUUCUAAGAAACGGAGCGGGUCGAACUUCAUCUCAUGGUCAACAAUAUUUGAGGAAUCGAGUUAAGAGGAGUGAUAUUAUUGCCAAUGAGACAACAAGCAUUACUCCCUCCAAAGAGGAAGAUGCUACAGGACCGUCUACAGCAGUAACCACCAAGGAAAUUGAUGAUGCCACUUCAAAUGGAAUUUCAAGCACAUUCUGGUUGGCUCUGCUUGUAGUUGUCAUAACAGGUACUUUUGCCGGACCCAUUGAGCACAUGUGUGAUACAGCCCUGUACCACCAACUAGAUAACAUUGAUGAACUGGACAAAUACAAGAGGCCAUCUCUACUCACCAUGCCUGUGUUUGCUGCCAUGGCGCUCGUGUCAGCUCUCGUGGUGGAUAGCACUGCAUGUUUCCUUUAUGGCAACGCGAGUCACAUGGCUAUCCACUUCUACUUGAGUGCUGCUUUCAUUGGUGUCGUAUUUCUGGUUGGGAUAAUCGUUCCCCUCAGCCACAAGAUCAAGAAUCAACAAGAAGGCAAGUACAUCAAAAGCAUCAAGUUCCUGUACAGUGACGGUCACACAGCAGUGAUGUGCGUCACCCUGGUCGUGACAGCCAUGAUAUCCUCUUGCAGCGACGGCUUCUUGUUCUGGCUGAUCCAGGAUCUGCAUGGAUUAGAAACUACCAUGGGUGUCAGCUUGGCAGUGGCCUUCAUGACUGAGCUACCUAUGUCAAUGAUCUUCACGCCUUGGCUCGUCCAGAAGUUGGGGAAUGUCUGGCUGCUGGCCUUGGGUACCGCCUGCCUGGGACUCCAGAAUCUUUACUACUCUGUCCUUUGGACACCAUGGGCAGUUGUUCCCAUCCAGCUUCUUCAUGCUCUUGGCAGGUCGGCCAUCAGAGGGUGCAUCUUGGCCUUCCUCAAUGAAGCAUCUCCACCAGGGAUGGGAAAGGCCAUCCAGGUGACAGUUCUUGCUCUGGAGCAGGGGGUGGGAAUGGCCCUGGGUAGCAUCUUGUGGGGUGUCCUCUACGGAAUCCUCACCGUGAAACUGAUCUUUGUAGCGGCGGCCAUCAUGGCCCUGGUAUGGACUGUAGUCCUCAUCAUCUGUGCUUGCAGGCUGCCAACGAAGAAGCGAUUCAUGUACGCCAAGCUGUUGCAGUCGGACAUGGAGAUGGAUAUGAAGGGAGGAGCUUUUGGUAGUGACUCAGAGGACAAUGAGGAGAAGCAAUGGUUGCAUGAUGCCAUCAGGGAUGAAGAUGAUGGAGAGUAAGUAAGAAUUCCACACAUCAAUGAUUCCUAUAUCUAUAGACAUCCAUUCCAAAUGUUUAAAUCCUUGUGCAUUGUUGACUGAAAUUGUGGCUGAUAGAGAUAAGUAACCAUUUCUAAAACAGAUCUAAUUUUGCGUUGUGCCCAAAUCUUGAUGUACUGUAAGUAGAUUGAAGUUGGAAAAUGUUCAUUAAUCAAAAGAUCUCUUAGUUGUCGGUAGUCAAAAUUGCAGACAAUUAGCAUUUUCCUUCAUCAAAAAUAGAAUUUAAAAAAGAGAGGCAUACUGUAUUGAAUUUCAAGCAUACUUGUACAUCAAUGCUCUGAAACAGACAUCCAUUCAGAAAGAUAUAUAUUAUGUACUUUAUAUAGUCUUGUGCAGCUGUGUUUUGACUAGAAACACAAGAGUACUAAUGCAGUGAAUUUUGACUACAGUGUGUACUUAUAAUUCAAAUUAUCAAGUAGCAGUAAAGUUAUUGUAACAUGAGUGAUAUAUUGACUGUCUAUUCCAAAUUUAUUUUAAAAGCAAGGUUGUUCUUAUUUUAUGCCAUUUUCAAGGAAGAAUUGAGUGUUGUUGACCAAGAAAGGCAAGUAAACAAGUUAAUAUGGGUUGGAUGAUUUUUUUAUUUUUAUUUACUAAAGUACUUAAUCACCAUGAUGCAUUACUACUUCACACAAAAGAAAUUGACGUUAUUAUUAAACUAACAGUGCUAGAUUUGAAAGUCAAUUGAACCUUGAAUUU